CUGUGGUUGAUUUUCCUUUCUCCUCCUUAUUUUUCAUCUCUAAAAUAUCCCAAAAAACAAAGUAAAACAAGAUGUCUUCACCAAGCAAACGCCGCGAGAUGGACUUGAUGAAAUUGAUGAUGAGUGACUACAAGGUCGAGAUGAUCAAUGAUGGGAUGCAGGAAUUUUAUGUUGAAUUCAAUGGACCAAAAGACAGUCCUUACCAUGGUGGUGUGUGGAAGAUUAGGGUGGAGCUGCCAGAUGCUUAUCCUUAUAAAUCUCCAUCAAUUGGCUUUAUAAACAAGAUCUACCACCCAAAUGUUGAUGAAAUGUCUGGUUCUGUUUGCUUGGAUGUCAUCAACCAGACUUGGAGCCCCAUGUUCGAUCUGGUAAAUGUGUUUGAAGUGUUCCUUCCUCAACUUCUUUUGUAUCCCAACCCAUCGGACCCAUUGAAUGGAGAAGCUGCUGCUCUUAUGAUGCGUGACCGUGCUACCUAUGACCAAAGAGUUAAAGAAUAUUGUGAGAAAUAUGCCAAGCCAGAAGACAUUGGAACAAAGGCAGAAGACAGGUCCAGUGAUGAAGAGCUGAGUGACGAUGAAUUUGCUGCCUCUGAUGACGAGGAAAUCGCCGGAAAAGCUGAUCCUUAGGCCAACAGAAUAAGAUAACCCUUUCAAAACAUAAAUUAUCUGUGUUGUACAUUGAUAUUUUCAGCUCUUGUAAAUUUAAUCAACUGUUGCUUUGAUAUUUCAAAACAUCCAUCCUUUGUUCUAAGCCUGAACAAGGCUUGUUUCUGCUUAUGGUUUAUUCU